AUCGAGUUCACAUCGUUCUCGUAGUUUUUGAGGUUUUUCAGCAAAAAUGCAGUCGAAAAUUGACUCUCCUUAUUGUCAGGCAUGCGGAAAUGAGGUCCUUGCAGCACGAGUUUCUCCUGAAAUGCAAGAAAUCUUCAAAGAAUUGACUCAAAUUGAGCCCGUUGUCGCAGAGCAUGAAAUAAUUUUUUGUGAUCAAUGUCAAACGUGUUUGGAGAAUUUUCAGUCGUUUCGACAGAUGUGUGAUGAGACGCAGGCGAUUUUAAUGCAACGAUAUUGUACUAAAAACGACACCGAAGUAGUUGAAGAGUUCAUCGUUGAAGCAAUUAGUCCCGCUUCAAGUCACGAAGACGAACAAAUAUUCGCUUGUGAUAUUUGUGCCAAAAGAUUCAAAACCAAAAAAUGCCUUGCGACGCACAUGAACCACAUUCACCUUGGAAAAUCUCAUUUUAUUUGCUCCGAACUCGAUUGCCAAAGAAAAUUUCAGUCAAAAAUCGCCCUGGAUUGUCAUCUGCGAGAACAUGAAGGAAAACAUCCGUUCGAGUGUCACAUUUGUAAUUUGCAACUGAAUCGUUUGGAUGCGCUCAAAAAUCAUCUUUUGUCGCACGGAACUGAGCGCGCCUUCAAAUGCUCGAUUUGCGAAGCGGCUUUCACGAAUGAGGCGAAUCGCUAUCAGCACAUGAUGUCGACGCAUAAACUUGGGCGGAAAUAUAUUUGUGCGUAUUGUGCGUUUAUUUGUCACAAUGCGACGCAAUUUAAUGAGCACGUACAAAGACUUCAUGGCAGCGAGGUGUUCCAAUGUGAUCAAUGUGAGAAGAGUUUCAAGCAUCCGAGGUCGUUGGCGGAGCAUAAGGAGACGCAUGACUUGAUAGAGAGAAUUUUACCGUGUCCUGUUUGUGGGAAAAUGUUUAAGAAGAAACGGGAUGUCACGAUGCACGUGAGAAUUGUGCAUAAAAAGGAGAAAAAACACAAAUGUACGGAUUGUGAUAAAAGUUUUACCUUGUUGGGGCAGUUGAAAAACCAUCUUGCAGUUCACACAGGACAAAAACCAUACGCUUGUACCUUUAACUUAUGCACUCAGGCUUUCACACAGCUGCAUGCCCUGAAAAGGCACAUGACAACCCACACGGGCGAAAAACCAUUUUCGUGCCCUUUUUGCGAGCAUAAAUUCGCGGAAAAGUAUUAUAUGAAGAAACAUGCUUAUCGUUGCUCGAUGAGACCGGAAAAUGUCGAGUCACUUGAGGGAACUGAUUGAAGCACCAAAGAAGUCCAGAUACCUGAAAAAGAAUUUUUUUAACUAAAAAACACACAAAAAAUUGAAUUAUAAAAAAAUUUUACCAAAAUUUAUGAAUUUUUUACUUGAAGAGCUUCAACGGU